GUAUGCAGUAUUUUCAUCAAAGCGGGACGCACUGGGACAAGGGGAAUAUUGGUGUUCCAUCAAACUAAAAUCAACAGUGAAGACACUGACUACAAAAAGAAGAAAGUUUUUGAGAUCGGUUCUUGCACGACUCAGCCCUUUGAUGGGAUGUGAAUUGAAUUACCCUCCUGGAGUCUGUGUUGAUAUUGUACUUAUCCUCAUAGGGAGCUUGGACAAAACCUCCAGUAAAGCUGUUAACACUGAUGAGAGAUCUUGUAUGCCAAGAUUGCCUGUAUUUGAACAGACCACAUCAUGCGUGAGUACAAGCUAGUGGUCCUGGGUUCAGGAGGCGUGGGAAAGUCUGCUUUGACCGUACAGUUUGUUCAGGGAAUUUUUGUUGAAAAAUAUGACCCCACAAUAGAAGACUCAUAUAGAAAGCAAGUGGAAGUAGACUGCCAACAGUGUAUGCUUGAAAUCCUCGAUACAGCAGGGACAGAGCAAUUUACAGCAAUGAGGGAUCUCUACAUGAAGAAUGGUCAAGGGUUUGCACUAGUAUAUUCUAUUACAGCACAGUCCACGUUUAAUGACUUACAGGACUUGAGGGAACAGAUUUUACGGGUUAAGGACACUGAAGACGUUCCAAUGAUUCUGGUUGGCAAUAAAUGUGACCUGGAAGAUGAACGCGUAGUCGGCAAAGAACAGGGUCAGAACUUAGCAAGACAGUGGUGUAACUGUGCCUUUCUAGAAUCGUCUGCGAAGUCUAAAAUCAACGUUAAUGAGAUCUUUUAUGACCUGGUCAGACAGAUAAAUAGAAAAACACCAGUGGAAAAGAAGAAGCCUAAAAAGAAGUCAUGUCUGCUGCUUUAGACCCAGAUCAUGUAGCAGCUCUGAGCCAGAUUGCAGGAAUGAAGAACUGUUGCCUGAUUGGAAAGUGCCAGCAUUCCAGAUUUCAAAAAAUGACAACAACAUAUCUGAAGAGGCUUCUCCUGUUUUUAUAUAUUAUGUGAAGAAUUUAGAUCUUAUAAUGGUUUGCACAAGAUCCCUGGAAAAAAGAAAUUGCUCUGUGUAUAUCUCUUGGAAAUUAAAACAUUAGUAUUUCUCCUUUGCAAUAGCGGUUAACAGAUGUGAAAAUAAAUAUAAUUGACUCUAGUGUAUAAUUAUACAAAAGAGCAUGGGUGCAUUUCAAAUGUUAGAUAUUGCUACUAUAAUUAAAAUUAUUUCAUAUUGACCUUUUUAUCAUAAUUCUUCCCCAUCAGGCACUAAAAAUGUUGAACCAUUAUACUUUAUAUCUAUAACUACAUAGAUAUGUACUAUACAAAAUUUCCCAUGUGUUAUCAGAAAUUUCCCUUUGAACUCACUGCAACAAAUAACUUUUUGAGUCAUUGACUUUAUUUUAUAUUUAAAAGUUACGGAAUAUUAUUUUCUGCCAUUAUAUUCUAAUUAAAAAUAUUUGUGCAUAAUGCUUUGGAAAAAUGGGUCUUUUAUAGGAAAAAAACCUGGGAUAACUGAUUUCUAUGGCUUUCAAAGCAAAAAUAUAUAAUAUACUAAACCAACUCUAAUAUUGCUUUUGUGUUUUACUGUCACAGAUUAAAUUACAGCUUUUAUGAAUGAUUAAAUUUUAGUACAUUUUAA